AUGAUACGGUAUAUUGUUCUGCUGCUAACUAUUUUGUUGUUAUCAUUGAAUCUUUCGGCGUACGUUGAAAAUUACAAUAUAUCUUCUCAAAUAAUGUUAUUUUAGUUUAAUUUGUUUUCCUGUAACAUAUCCAGCACUUUUUGGAAAUACUACAACUAAUUCAACUGAACUCAAAGAUAUUCGUUUCAAUUUUUCACCAAUUCAAAAAACCAUGCUUUUUGGUAGUACAUUUGCUGGAUUUAUUAUUGCUGUUAUUCCAUUUUGUGCGUUAAUGCAAAAGUACAAAUGUCAUAGAGUUGGUUUCAAAAUAUCAAACCAAUUAUUUUUUCAAUUGAUUUUCAGGUUUUAACAGUGACAAGUUCAAUGUCAGCAAUUAUAUUAUUUCUGACACCAAUUUCAAUUUCUUCUUAUUUUCCAUCAUAUAUUUUUCUUCGAGUAUUACAAAGUGCAAUUGCUUCGAAACUUUUUAUUGUUACCGGAUUUGUUGUGAAUGAAUGGGCUCCAAAAAACGAGCGUGGCUUUUUCGUUGCAGUUUUGUCGUGUAUGUUUUCAAAUAAAUAACAUUUCAGAUGUCAUAUAAAUGUAUUUCAGCUAUCGAAAUCAGUGCAUUAUUCUCAAUGACCUUUUCCGGUAUUAUUUCGGAAAAUUUUGGAUGGCCAUCAAACUUUUAUUUUCAUGGAUUUUGUGUUGGAAUUGUAACAUUAUUAUGGUCCAUCGUAUAUCGAGAUAAUGUUCUAAAUCAUCCAUUUCUAAGUGCACGUGAAAAAUAUAUGAUUAGUGAGGGAAAAGAUAUGCAAUCGUCAAAUUGUGAAAAAUCUCCAAUUCCAUACAAAUCUAUAAUAAAAACACCUUCAGUUCUGGCAAUUUGGAUUUCAGCAUUAGGAAAUUUUGCGAUCAAUCAUUUCAAUUUCAGUUAUUCCACAAUUUAUGUGAAAAAUGCAAUGAAUGUACCUUUAUCUGAAGCUGGAAGAAUUGUUUUGAUUCCAAUGACUGCUUUGGUAUCAAAAUGUUGAAAAUUACAUUCAAAAAAGUUAGUUUUCAGAUAAUUGUUCGAUUCAUAACAGGAAAGUUAUCUGAUUCGGUGAAAUAUAUAAGCGAAUUGAACAAAAUUCGAUUUUUCAAUUCUCUUGGAUUCUUUGGAACUGCAGUAUUUCUGUUAAUUAUAUACAUCUUCCCGCAUGGAAAUCCUGAUAACAAGUUCAUUGAUAUUGUCAUUUUUAGUAUGUUAUAUACAUAAUAUAAAAUUAUUCCAAACCUCUCAAUUUUUACAGCACUUGCGUGUUGUUUCUGUGGAUUUGCAUCGGGUGGGACAUACAAAUCAACAGUGUUAGUUGCUGGACAAUACUCAUCAUUUGUGUUUGCCGUAUUUCAAAUGAUUGGUGGCAUGUUUAUUGGUCUACCUGGUGCAGUUGUUAUACCAAGAUUAGCACCAGAAGACACACCAAAACAAUGGAGCAAUAUUUUUCUAAUUUAUGCUAUCAUUUUGGCUGGUAGUAACGCAAUAUUCCUUCUUUUUGCGAGGUUCUUUCUAUUCUUUGAUCAUUAUAAUUUGAAAAAAACACAAUAAUAAUUUUCAGAGCGUCGCCGGAAGAUUGGUCUAUUCCCAUGAACAAUACUAAAGAAAUGAAAGAAAAAACGAAUGACUUAUAA